CUCCAGCCAUUCACAAACCCGCAGAGCCCACUCCCAGCAGAUAAACGCAUUGUCCGCACAUCUCAGCUGGGUCAUCCGCCGCUCGGGACAGCAGGCAUCGGCUGUACAUUGCAGCGCACAGGCUUCCCAAGAUGGCGUCUUUGCUCCUCCGCGUUGUUCUUUGCGUAGCGCUCGCCACCGCCGUUUCCUGCGCACCCAUCAAGCUGGCGUCCCUGCCCAAGAACAUCACCGUGAAGGUGACUGGCUUUGAGGAGCAUGGAGAGAUGAUGAAGGCUGGGCCCCCCUGCAUGGACCAGACCUUUGGCCACUGCCCCUCAGUCCAGGCUGAGGAGGGAGUAGUCAUGGUCUCCUACAGCGUCCCAGACUUCCUGCAGAAGCCCAACGCGACCGUGUCCAUCGUGGCAUGCUUCAGCACCUUCUCGCAGUAUGACCGCGCCUGGAGGAAGGGCAACCCCCUCAACCUUGCGGCGGCCAAGGAUUGCCAAAACGUGGCCAAGAAGGGCCUGACAGCGUUCUCCGGCAAUGUGACCUUCACCCCGAACGAAAAGGUGCCCCACUCGACAAUGUACAUGCGCGCCUACCUCAAGUGCCUCCAGCCGGACGGCAGCAUGCAGUACUGCGCCUACGGCAACUCCGCCGGCUACUUCGAGGUGCAGAAGGUGAACGACAUCCCCAUCGGCCUGGAGGUUGCCGUGGGCAUCUGCUGCUGCAUUUCACCAAUCAUGCUCGUCAUCGCUUACUUCAUCGAGAAGAAGAAGAAGCACUGAGCCCCCGUGAAGUCAGCCGACAGCUUGAAUCACCACCCUAGCUUUGGGUCGAUACUGGCUGUGCAUCAGAAUGCUAUCACGUGCAAGACAGUGCCGAUGCGUGGCCCUGCCCACUGAUACCCCAGCCGGCUGGGGUGUGCCAGGGUGGGCCUGACAGGAGGCACGUUGACUGUAACAUAUGAUGAAGUUGUUGGAAUUGGCGCUGCUUAGUGUCGGCUGCAGUGGGACACUCACGCAUCUGUCUCUGUUGUGCCAGCAAUGUGUCAGAGAUGCUGCAGUGUGGGGGUUGCCGCUUCGAUGGGUGACAAAUGAAAUAAGGCGCCAUUUACAGUAGUUGCCGGAAGCGGAAAUUGUUUGGGGUAUUUAUUAGCCCAUCAGAAAGACCCUGAUUGACUCACGGUGCUGGCAAAUAUAUUUAGCAUUAUGCAAAACUGCAAUUGCGUCAGCUUGCACAGCUGCCAUGUUGGGGUGAAUAAGCCGGGCAUUGUAUCUAUUUUCUGGUGUCAUUCCUAGUUUUGGGAUCUGUCCACCUGACAUUGACAGCCUCGUGCUUGUAUAGGUUGGGUGAUGCCAACAAACUGCAUGACUAGUGCAGCUUGAAGUAUAUCUUGUCUCUCAAUUGUCCUGUAGUCCCAUGGUAACUGAGGAGUUCAAGUGGUUGGCCUCAUAUUAAACCAUGGAUGAGGCCCCUGACCAAGAUUGGGUGGGCCAAUGCAUGUCUACGUCUAGUCGUGGGUCUUAAAAGUGAGUUAUCGAUUAUGUCUGCUUGGCUUUCAGCCCAACUGUAAUCUUGAAUAACAAAAUGUUGUUGACCACUACACCAGAGCCUGGCCGCCAGGGCAUCCUCAUGUAAGAUUUCAACACGCAU